AAUUCUUCAUAGGUGUGCGUAAGAGGACUAAACAUUUUCAAAGGAUAUUUGAAAGAUCCCGUUAAAACAGCUGAAACCAUUGAUAAAGAUGGAUGGCUUCAUACUGGAGAUAUUGGAGCGUGGAUGGAAAAUGGAGCUUUGCGAAUCGUGGAUAGGAAGAAGCACAUUUUCAAGCUUGCUCAGGGAGAAUAUAUAGCACCAGAAAAAAUUGAAAAUAUAUAUCUUACAAGUCAAUACGUGGCUCAGAUUUUUGUUCACGGAGAAAGCCUAAAGUCCUGCUUAGUUGCUAUCGUCGUACCAGAUCAGAAGGUAGUACAGAACUGGUGCAAAAUAAACGAAAUUGAAGGUUCAUGGAGUGAAAUCUGUGAAAACAAGGCUGUUAAAAAGAUGAUUUUGACAGAAAUAACUGAUCUGGGCAAGAAAGCAGGGCUGAAAUCUUUUGAGCAGGUCAAAGACUUAUAUCUCCAUCCUGAGCUUUUUACGAUCGAUAAUGGCUUGCUGACACCAACCCUGAAGACGAAGAGGCCAGACUGUAGAAAAUUCUUCAUGCCUCAGAUAGCUGCCAUGUACAAAAACUUAGCUUAAAAUUACAGUUCAAAUACAAAGACAUCAGCAGAAAUCAAGAAACACAGCGUAAAAUUUGGUAACUUUAGGUCUGAUGUUUUACCACAUUUGUACAUACAAAUAAUUUUUUUUUUUUAAAUCACAAAUACAUUCAAUACGAUAUCAGUUAUAUUUUUAAGUUCCGUUGUCUGAAGAAUCACUGUGCUUCACAUGUGGAAUAAAAUUUACAAUAAAUGACUUAUCCUAC